AUGGCGCCCGACGCAGCUUUCUCCAAUAUUAGUGACAAAAACGAAUUCACAAAGUUCACAAAAUUUUUAGCUUAUAAAGGCGUCCAAGUUAUAGUAGAAUCGAGGAAAGGACUUAAAAUAGAACCAAAUAGUAAACCACAAUCGUCAGAUUCUGAUUGGUUCAAUCUCCAAAUUCCCGACACUCCUGAAGUCAACCAAGCAACGAAGAAUGCUCUUCCAUCAGACAAAAUCCUUGAAACUAUCAGAUCACAACUGCACGUUGAAAUAUCAGUCCAAACGGAAGAUGGUGAUGAAAUGGUCCUCGAGUUAUGGACCUUAGAGUUAGAUGAGAGCCAGUUUGAUACCUCCUUGAAAGCUAUGAACACGGUAUAUUUCCGGAUGGGGAUUUUACUAAAGUCUUUGAUCACAGUUACGAGAAUAACCCCCGCGUAUCACUUAUCAAGAAAGCAGAGGAUGGAAUCUUUUACUAUUUUCUAUAGAGUUUACAGUGGGGAACCCAAAGUUAACGCCCUUGGCGACUCUGUCAAGAAGAUACAAGCUGGGAUGCUGAAAACUCCUCUUGGAGCUAUAUGCUUCUCAGUUUCAUACAGAACCAACUUCUCUAUAUCCCCAAACCGAACUGAUAAAAGCAACGUGUUGCUACUAAAGAGCGAUCACUUCGAACUCAGUCCAAAACACGUGAUAUUUGAAUCGAAAAAAAAGAGGGAGCAAAAAAAGGAACCCAAAAAUUUUGGACCUGUCGACCUAAAUAAACCAUUACGAAUGGCAGCUUUUGCGGAUGAAGAUAUUAUCAUGCAGGUCUUCGACGAUUUCCUCACCAAGAUCCCGGUUCCAAAAUGCAGGAAGAGAUCUAAAGCUCAAAUUAAAAGUAGUGCUAUGGAGAUGCAAAGCACACGAGAUCUGGACCUCACAACUAUUUCCAAAAGUCCGACCUCAAUGGAAAUGCCACCGAAGAAAUUCUCAGGUUUCCGAAAUGAGAAUGAACCACCUUUAAAGCUCCUGCAUUUUCCUUUCGCUGAUGAUCAUCCAAUCAGAGAACUUGCGGAGUUUUAUAAAGACUUCUUCAACGCUCCACAUUUGAAGUUAGCUGAUGAUCUUGCAAGAUCGAAAUCCAAGAGUCCCGAGUCAGUUAAAGAGAUGGAAUUGGCAAGUGAAGAUUUGUCAAGGGACCUUGAGGUGUAUGAGAACUCUGUACUUGAAUUUGAUGAGUUGAUUGCUGAGAUGUGCAGAUCGGCAGAAUGGAGCGGGAAUUAG